AUGAUGUAUUCCCCCAGUGGCCGAUGCCAGGAGCAGCCAAACGAGAUCGUUUGCGACACCUCGAUACUUGCGUGUGAUGCGUGUGGGCGCUGGAGCAAGGCCACUGUUCCUCUCAAGGCCAUGGAGCUGUUCAUUGGCUCGGAAGUCGAUGGUGUUGCAAGGUCCCCUGUCUCCUUCCUACACAUUCUGGCCACGCUGGGUGUGGAGGACCCGGAGGUCAUCAGCAGCAGUUGCUUAGAGGUGGCGCGGCGACCUCCUGGACGGCCGGGUGAGGUGGUAAAGAUGCUUUGGGCCCUCUCGCGCCUUGGCGUCCGCGACGCAGCAUUUUGCCAGUCUUCCGUGAAACAGGUGUUUCGACGGUUGGACUGCCUGAAGAUGGAGGAGUUACUCCGGUUGGCUACAGGCGCAGAAGCCGCUGCCAUUUCGCCCAGAGAUUGGUUGGCCCUACAGGAGGAGGUGGCUCGGAGGCUACCAGACCUGCCCCACUCUUCGUUCGCCUUUUGGACCAGCUGCGGCCAGGAUCUUGUGGGUAUUGCCUUCAUGUGCCAGAUGGCCAAUGCUCUGGCCAGGAGGUUUAGGUCUGCGCUGGCUGUCCUCUUGCGCCAGCGCGGCUGCAGUCGCGAUUCGCUACCGCUGCAAGGUGCAGAUCGUCACGUGCUGGACAAAGCUCCUGGUGUGGGCGUCUGCGACGGAGAGGCCCCAGAGCAGCUUCUCGACGUGGCCAAGGCCAAGUUUGGGGCAGGCACUCCCAUCUUUGCUGACUCUGCCCACUGGCAUGGCUUCCUCCACCGCUUGGAUGUGCCUUGCUCUGGCAUGAUCCUCGUGGCUACACGCUACGAGGCCUUCUACGACUUGCAGUUGCAGCUCCACACAGGGGACCUGGAGCGCGAUUACGCUGUGCUUUGUCGGGGUUGGUUUCCUGGCUACAGGGCACUGAAGGCCUCGCUGCUCAACUAUGCCACUGGCGGCCGUGGCCGGCGCAGUCGCACCGACACUAAGGCCUUGGCUUUCGGCUGGCAUGGCUCAGCUAGCUUCACCUUCGCUGCUGUCAGGAUACUGACAGGGCGCCCGCACCAGAUCAGGAGGCACAUGGCACACGUCGGUCAUCCAAUUGUCCACGAUGCUCUCUACGCGAGCGCACCGACUUUCUCGGAAGAUAUGGCCCUUUGCCAUCGGAAUUGGUUGCACCGCUAUCGCUUGGCAUUCAAGGAUGCGGAUGGCAGCCGCCGUUCAACAUCAUCGCCGCUUUCCGCAGAUUUGCAGAAGUCUGCAGCGCUGCUUCAGUGGGUUCGCGGCAAGCUUCGGCCGGAGCUGCCGGCGUGGACGGGCUGCCGCCCGCUGUUGUGGGAGACGGCUGGCUCGGGG